AAGAGAUUGCAGUGGCAGUGUGGGUAAACCACAUAAUGGAGCCCAUGGGAUCACUCUGCACCCAAGUGAGGUCCUUCCUGCCUCUCUCCAUUGUAAUCCCAUUCCCACUUACCCAGGUUGGAUCAAAAAUGGCAUCAGAGCCAAUCAGGUGCCCUGAAUUUUCUCUUCCCCCAGCAGCCAAAACAGAAGACUGCUUGUUUAUCGAGGCCCUGAGGACAUGAGUCCUAUGGGUUUAAACAUGGCUUGGUCUCCCACAGGCCCCUCUCCCUGUGCUCCACAAUCCCGCCCCUUAUCGUGACACAUUCUUUGUGCUACUUCCACUCAAGUCACUUCUUGAAAAGGCCACAGACUGACUUCCCACAGCCAGUCACAAGUCAAGUCAAACUCGCCAGUGUGCAUGCACAAGGGUCAAGCCCUUCCACGGGUCAUAGUGAUGUUCCUGUUGCCCAGGUGAUGGGUUCUUGAGAUGUCACAAAGGAGGAGCAUCAGAAACGGGGCUGAGGACCCUCCUCAUCAGGACAUCCACAGGAUAGUCUCCAGAGACCAGGAUUCUCCGAAGCUGGGCCAGUAGGAAGAAACCUUAGGCAGAGAGUUUGCUGGGGAAGCAGCACGAAAUCCCAGUCUCAAGCCUGAGAGUACAAAGUAUAGGUGGGAUCCGACAUGAGAUCAGAGGUGGAGUCCAGAGACCCCAUCAGGCACCCCGAAUUUCCUCUUCCAAUGGAAGCCUAAGCAGAAGACCACUUACAUGUGGAGGCAAUGAGGGUUUUGGGGUACAUGUGAAGAACAUGCAAGAUUGCUGCACAGGUCCAUACAUGGCAGUGUGAUUUUCUGCCUUCCUUCUUUAAGAAGCCUGACAGCCCAGAGCCAGGCGCGAGUCAAGACACCUCACCAGUGCACAUACACGCGUCACAAUUGGCUAUUCAGGUCAUAGUGACAUUCAUCAUCGCUCAGUGAUAGUUUGCUAAGGCAUUACAAAGGAGGAGCCCUCUGUGGCAGCCUGUAAAAAAUGGGGAUCAGGCCCCUCCUCACCAGGACAUCCACAGUAUAUUCUUCAGAGGCCAGGAUUUCCUGAAGGUGGGACAAAAAGAGGAGACAUCAUGCAGAGGGAAUUCUUGGGAAGCAACGCAGAAUCCCAGUCUCAGGCCAGUGAUGACAGGAUACAGGGCCUCCAGGAGUGAGGGAUCUUCUGCUUUGGCUCCCAGCAGAAGAGGAGAUUCAGGGCACCUGAUGGGCUCCUCGGACUCCACAUCGUUUCUUAUGUUGGAUCCCACCUGGGUAAGCGGGAAUGGAAUUACAGUGGAGAGAGGAUGGAAGGGCCACACUCUGGCACUGAGAGGUCCCAUGGGACCCAAGGCAUGGUGUCUCCACCCUGUCACCCAGCAGGUUUCCUGGAGGCAACUUCCCUUUCGCCCAGUGAAAACCAAUCCCUUUGGCCCGCUCCAGGCAUCCAUGGAAGCCAAAAGAUUCAGUGCUUCAAGACACUUUCCCCAGGAGCAGAGGAGGCAGAUGUCACUCAAGAAUGAGAGAGGAAAGGCAGGAGACUUGCAACACCACCUUGCAGAGAGGGCGAAGGCCAGCCAUCCAGUGGGACAUGGAGACCAAGAGAGCAUCCCUGUCCCACACGGGUUUGGAAGCACAGCUCUACAGUCAUUGCACCUGCCCAAUCCUCCAGAAACACCUUUGGAGGGGGAAACAGACAUGAAACACAUCCCCACAAGUUUUCCCCCUGCUGUACUGGUGAGUGUUCUCUAUUGAAGACACUGAGCCAGACCAAGAAGUCUCAAGGCUUCUCAGAAACUGAGCUGACAGAGAAAGAGGGAGGACAGAGCCUAUGCCAGAGUCCAGGCCAAAUACAGCAAAAUGCCACCUCCAUGGGCAUUGGGUACUAUGGUGCCCAUUGUGCAUUGCAUUAUCUUGCCUUACCAUGGUGCACGUGAGGUCUUGCCUUGCCAUGCCUUACCAUGGUACCCAUGGUGUAUUAUUUGCCUUGCCUUAUCAUAUUACCCAUGGCCCUUUGACUUUCCUUGCCUUGCCUUAACUUAGUGCCCAUAUUGCCUAGCUGUGCCUUUUCAUGGUGCCCAUGGUGCCAGGCCUUACCUUUCCAUGAAUUACCACUGUGCCCAUUGUGCCUUUCCUUGCCUAACCUUGCCUUGUCUUGCCUUACCAUGGUGCCCAUGGUUACUUACCUUGCCUUGCCUUUCAUUGCUUGUCUUGUAUUACCAUGAUAACCAUGGUGCCUAGCACCACCUUGCAUUGCUUACCAGGCUGCCCAUGUUGCCUUGCUUUGCCUUGCCUUGCCUUAACAUGGGGCCCUAGGUGCCUUACAUUGCUGUGCUUGCUCUGCCUAACUAUAGUUCCCAUGGUGCCUUGCCUUGCUUGCCAUGGUGCCCAAGGUGCCUUGCCUUUCAUUGCCUUGCCUUACCUUGGGGCCUACGUUGCCUUCCACGUUUUCCUUCCCUUACCAUGGUGCCCAAGGUGCCAUAGCUCACCUUUUCGUACCAUGGUGACCAUGGUGACUUCCCUUGUCUUGCCUUACCAUGGUGUUCAUGGUGCCUUGCCUUACCUUGCCUUACAAUGUUGCCCAGAGUGACUUACCUUGCCUUACUUUGCCUUACCAUUUUGCCCACGGUGCCUUGCCUUGCCUUACAAUGGUGCCAGUGGUGUCUUGCCUUGCCUUACCAUGGUGCAUAUGAUGACUUGCCUUUCUUAACCAUGGUGCCCAUGGUGCUUUUCCUUACCUUACCAUGGUGCCCAGAUGCCUUGCCCUAUCUUGACUUACGAAGAUGCCCAUGGUGCUCUGCCUUGCCUUGCCUUUUUUUACCAUGGUCCUCACUGGUGCCUUGCCUUGACUUACCUUCCCUUGCCUUACCAUGGUGGUUACAGUUCCCUGCAUUCCCUUUUCUUACCAGGUUGCCCAUGGUGCCUUGCCUUGCCUUACCAUGGGGACCAUGGUGCCUUGCCUGGCUUUGCUUUACCUAACCAUGGUGCCUGUGGUGACUUGUCUUGCUAUUCCUUUCCUUGCCUUGUCUUGACCUAAGAUGAUGCCCACGGUGUCUCUCCUUGCCUUGCCAUGCAUUACUAUGGUGCCCAUGGUGUCUUGCGUUGCCUUGCUUUGCCUUACUAUGGUGCCCAUUGUGCCUUGCCUUGACAUGCCUUGGCUUGCCAUUGUGCCCAUGGUGCCUCGCCUUGCCUUGUCUUGCCUUAACAUGGUGUCCAUGUUGCCUUGCCUUGCUUUGCUGUUCUGUAGUCCACAUGGUGGCUUUCCUUGCCUUGCCUCAUCAUUUGCCACAAAGCCCAUGGUGCUUCGUCUUGCCUUGCCUUACCACACUUUCCAGGGUGCAUGGCUUGCCUUACUAUGGUGCUGAUGGUGCUUUGUCUUGCCUUGCCUUGCCUUGUAUUGACUUUCCAUGGGGCCAAUGAUGCCUUUCUUUGCCUUGCCUUACCAUGCUGACCAUGUUGCCUUGUCUUGCCUUAUCGUUCAUUGCCUUGCCAUGCUUAACAUUGUGCCCAUGGUGCCUUGAUUUGCCCUGCCUUGACAUUGUGCCAAUAUUGCCUUGCCUUGUCUUCCCUUCCCUUGCCUUUCCAUGGUGCCCAUGGCGCCCUGCCUUGCCUUGCCUUUCCUUAACAUGGAUCUGAAUGUUUCUUGCUUUGCCUUGCCUUGCCUUACCAUGCUGCACAUGAUGCCCAGAGUUUCCUUGCUUUACCACAGUGCCCAUGCCUUGCCUUACCUUGGUGCUUUGUCUUGCCAUGUCUUGCCUUGCCUUACCUUGGUGCUGAUGGUGCACUGCCUUGUCUCACCUUGCUUUGCCUUCCUUUUCCAUGCUGCCCAUGCUGCCCAUGAUGCCUUGCCUUACCAUGGUGCCCGUAUUGCCUUGCAUUGCCUUACCUUACCAUGGUGCCCAUGGUGCCUUGCCUUGCAUGGUCUUACUAUGGUUACCAUGGUGUUUUGCCUUUCCUUGCCAUGCCUUACUAUGGUGCCCAUGGUGUCUUCCCUUGCCUUGCCUUGCCUUGCCUGUCUUUGCCUUGCCUUACCAAGGUUCCAAAAGUGCCUAGCCUUGCCUUGUCUUACCAUUGUGCCCAUGUUGACUUCCCUUGCUUGCCUUGCCUUGCCUUACUAUGGUGCCCAUGUUACCUUGCCUUACCUUGCCUUACCUUUUGAUUGACUUAUCAUGGUGCCCAAGUUGCCUUGCCUUGACAUGCCUUACCAUGGUGUCAAUGGUGCCAUUCUUCCCUUGCCUUGCCUUGCUUUGCAUUACCAUGGUUUCCAGAGUGCCAUUCCUUGUCAUGUGUUACCAUGGUGCUCAUGGUGCCUUGCAUAGCCUUGCCUUACAGUGCCUUACCAUGAUGCCCAUUUGGCUUGCCUUGCCUUGCUUUGCCUUACCAUGGUACCUGUUUGGAAAACUCUGCCUCUACCUUGAAAGCUCUCUCUCUCUUCCCCCCUGCCCCCACAGAGAGGCUCUCCUAUUUUUACAAACUGCCCUGGCCUUCUCGCCUCCGCAGCCACCUCCCGCCGCUUUUGCCUUAUCAGCACUCCCCCCGCCGCUUAUGCCUCCUCAGCACUCCCCAGUUUCCCGCCGCCCGGCUUCCCGCCUAGCGGUUCAAACUGGCCAACAGCUGCCCACCACCUAGCCCCCAACUCUUCCUCUCCUCCAGCCCUUCUACCCUUAUAAGACAACUCUGCCCCUCUGGGCAGCGUGGCCAUUUUUCCUUUUCGUCCCGGCUGGCACGCCCGGAGGCUCUUUCCUCUCAAUAAAGCCUGAACUUAAGAACUUUCUUCUUGCCUGCGGUCCGGUUUUUUUCCGAACGAGCUCAGUCUUCCCGCAGAGGGUAGGUCGGACAAGUGGUGCCGGAAACCCGGGACGGGAGGGGCCAUUGGCCCUGCCACGGCCCCCCUCCCCGACCUACCCAACACUGGCCCUGCCACCACGCUCUGAUUAAGGUAAGCCAAGUUUUUCUUGUUUUGCCUUCCCCCGCUUCCCGUCUCCUCUUCCUACGGCACGGUGCAGUUGCUCCCCUCCGGCGUUCCGCACGGACUCCUUGCCUAGUCUCGGCCGAGCCAAGGUAGUCUUCUGUUCCGGCUCCAGGAGCCUUCCGAGGGACAGCCGCCAGACGGGGGACGCCCCUCUGACCGCUUCCCUUUCCGUACUUAAUUGUACUCCGGGGAAUUUGCAGCGAACGGGGACGCCUUUUCGUUGCAUCUGCCCUUCCACGCCGGAGAGUCUGUAGCUGCACCUGCCAUGGGAAAUUCGGAGUCCAAAAUACCUCUGAGCACCCCCCUUGGGUGCUUGCUGCGAAAUUUUACCAAAUUGGGAUAUUCCCAAACCCUCAGAAAGAAAAAGCUUGUUUUCCUGUCCCAGGUGGCUUGGCCCCAAUACAAACUCAGUAACCAGUCACAUUGGCCCCCGACUGGCACUUUUGAUUUCAACACCCUCCGAGAUCUCGACGAUUUUUGUCGCCGCGCAGGCAAGGACAAUGAAAUUCCUUACGUCCAGGCUUUUUGGGACCUCCGCACCCACCCUGACCUAUGUUCUUCCUGCUCCACCUAUCAAAUCCUCUUGGCUCGAACCCCCCAUAAAUCUUCCUCCACUACCUUUCCCCCUCCCUACUCCUCACCAGAGGAUCUGCCUGAACAUCUGUCCUCUCCUGCCAAUCUCAGCAACCAGUCGCCAUCAACGGCACGCUCUUCCUCUACUCCCUCUGCACCUCCUGCCUCAGAGGCCAUGCCUCACUCUUCCUCUACUCCCUCCGAGCCCCCUCCCUCAGAGGCUGCACUUCCUCUUGCCUCUCCGGUGGCAGACCACACCCGCUCUCACAAGCCAGCUAUCCUAGCCCCACUCCGAGAAGUAGCAGGCGUGGAAGGUUUAGUCAGGGUCCAUGUUCCUUUCUCACUUCAAGACCUGUCCCAAAUUGAGAGACGUUUAGGAUCCUUCUCAGCCGACCCGUCCACCUAUAUUAAGGAAUUCCAAUACCUCACUCAAGCCUACAGCCUCACUUGGCAUGAUAUUCGCGUUGUCUGUUCCUCCACCCUCACAGUGGAGGAGCACGAGCGCAUCCUCGCUGCAGCCAGAAACCAAGCAGAUAAAGACCAUGCUAUAGAUAACCAGAUCCCCCUAGGCCCUGAAGUAAUCCCAGGUGAAGACCCCCAAUGGGACUAUCAGGCUAAUCGAGAGUCUGAUAUACCCAAGAGGGACCGCAUGAUUAGAUACCUCCUCAGGGGAAUGGAUGCUGUAUCUAACAAAGUUGUAAACUAUGAUAAACUGAGAGAAAUCACCCAACUACCUGAUGAGAACCCCGCCCUCUUUCUCGCCCGCUUGCAAGAAGCCCUAGUCCGGUAUACUCGACUAGAUCCAGCCUCCCAAAACGGGGCCACUGUAUUAGCCUCCCAUUUUAUCUCCCAAUCAGCACCCGACAUAAGAAAGAAACUAAAGAAAGCAGAAGAGGGGCCAGAGACUCCCAUCCAAGACCUGGUAAAAAUGGCCUUUAAAGUAUUCAAUGCCAGGGAGGAUGCGGCUGAGGCUGCCCGCCAAACUCGCAUGAAGCAAAAGGCUGCCUUCCAGACCCAAGCCCUAGUGGCGGCUCUAAGGCCGGCAGGGAACCAGAGGCCCAAGGCCGAAACCCAUGCCCCUCCGGGAGCAUGUUUCAAAUGUGGAAGGGAAGGACACUGGUCCCGAGCCUGUCCACAACCACGGCCACCAACUAAGCCUUGCCCUAUCUGUCAGCUCCCGGGACACUGGAAGUCAGACUGCCCCAGCUUCCCCAGGGUGCCGGUUCCUCAAAACAGACACACUGGCGUUACGCAGCCGGCGGUCACCCUCAGUAGGGAGGAGCCUGCUUGCCAGGAGCCGAUCUCCGAGGGAACUCCGUUCCCCAGUCUACUAGGGCUGCUAGACGACUAGCGGGGCCCUGGCUUACCGACUCCGGUUACCCUCGCUGAGCCAAGGGUCAAAAUUCAGGUAGCGGGUAAAAGUGUCUCGUUCUUGCUCGACACGGGGGCUACCUACUCCGCACUUCCUUCUUAUUCUGGCCGUCUCACCCCUUCCCAGGUCUCGGUCAUGGGAAUUGACGGGACCCCGAGUAUCCCCUACCAAACCCCACCACUCAUGUGCUCAUAUAACUCCACUCCCUUCACCCAUUCCUUUUUAGUAAUCCCCACCUGCCCAGUUCCCCUUCUGGGGCGAGACAUCCUUUCAAAGCUGAAGGCCGUCAUAACCUUCCCCUCCGCCAACCCACACAGUCUCUUUCUCCUAGCCCUCACCUCAGACACUGAACCCCAAAAAGCCCUGUCAGAACUACUCCCCGGAGUCCACCCUCAGGUCUGGGACAUUAACAACCCAUCUGUAGCUACACACCACCAGCCAGUUCAAGUCCGCCUUAAAGACUCCUCGCCUCAUUUUCUCUGCCACCCCCAAUUUCCUAUCUCUAAAGCCCACCGUAUGGGUAUCCGACCCAUCAUAGAGAAACUAAAAGGUCAAGGCCUCCUAAUUCCCAUUAACUCCCCAUGUAACACCCCCAUCCUCCCAGUACGAAAACCAUCAGGACAAUAUAGGCUAGUCCAGGACUUGCGCUUAGUCAAUGAAGCUGUAAUUCCCAUACAUCCAGUUGUCCCCAACCCGUACACCAUUCUCUCUCUAACAUUCCCCCAGAGGCCACCUGUUUCUCAGUCUUAGACCUAAAGGAUGCCUUCUUUACUAUACCUCUACACCCCAACUCCUACUUUAUCUUUGCCUUCACUUGGGAUGAUCCCCUCAUGAACAUGUCCCAACAACUGGCCUGGACAGUCCUUCCACAGGGCUUCCGAGAUAGCCCACACCUAUUCGGCCAGGCACUUGCCACUGACCUACUCCACUGCAACCUCAAGCCCUCUCACCUCCUCCAGUAUGUAGAUGACCUUCUUAUCUGCUCCCCCACCCGCCAGGAGUGCAUCCAGGCCACCACCGCCCUGCUCAAUUUCCUAGGAGAUAAGGGAUACCGGGUGUCACCAACCAAAGCACAAAUAGCCUCACCCACUGUCACCUACCUAGGCAUACAGCUCACACCUGGGCGACGGUCCAUUACAAUCGACCGACUACAAGCCUUAAAGGCGCUCCAGGCCCCUGAGUCAGCAAAAGAAAUCCUCUCCUUCCUAGGACUGGUAGGUUUUUUCCGCCAUUGGGUACCUAAUUAUGCUUUGCUAGCAAAACCUCUAUACCAUGCUGCUGCAGAAGCCCCCGAGGGACCACUCUCCUCACCAGGUUCUGUCAACUGGGCAUUCAAGUCACUGCUUAGUGCCCUAUGUACUUCCACCAGCCUAGCCCUGCCUAAUCCCAACUUACCCUUCCAACUAUAUACAGACGAGAAACAACAUACAGCUGUAGGAGUGCUAGUCCAACCAGUAGGAAAGACCCUUCUGCCUAUAGCCUACCUGUCUAGACAACUUGACCCAACUGAGCGAGGAUGGCAGCCAUGUCUUAGAGCCCUAGCUGCAGCCGUCACCCUAACCACAGAAGCUCUUAAGAUCAAUCUACAACUCCCACUCCAAGUCUUUUCUCCACACAGGUUGACUGAACUGCUCAGUCAACACUCUCUGCCCCACCUCGGGCCCUCCCGUAUUCAACUGCUUCACCUACUGUUUAUUGAGAACCCCAACAUCACUCUUUCUCACUGCUCCUCAUUAAACCCAGCUAUCCUCCUCCCUUGCCCUCCGUUCUCCGGCCCCCUACAUUCCUGUACUGAAAUCCUCAAAUUAGCCCAGUCUCCUCGUCCCGACUUGCUACCUCAACCCCUACCAUCUGCCUCCAUUACCCUAUUCGUUGAUGGCAGCUCUAUACCUCAUUCCACCGGCCCACGGAGAGCGGCCUAUGCUGUAGUAACUCACUCUGAAAUCAUAGAGACCCGUCCCCUUCCUCUUGGGACCACUUCACAACAGGCUGAAUUAGUCGCCCUUACUCGGGCCCUAUCCUGGUCCCAGAACAAAGAAGUAAAUAUAUAUACUGACUCCAAGUAUGCCUUCCUCAUAGCUCACUCACACUGCAUGAUCUGGAAGGAACGAGGCUUCCUCACCACUAAGGGCACGCCCGUUCUCAAUGGAAAACUCAUUGCUGCCCUUAUUCAAGCCGUUCAACUCCCUAGCAAGGUAGCCAUCAUCCACUGUAAAGGGCAUCAGUCCCUGAACUCACCCAUAGCAGCAGGGAAUGCCUUUGCAGACAGGGUAGCUAAAGACAUGGCAAGAAACCAUCCACCACCCACCUCCACUCUCUGUUUCUUGUCCAAAUCAUAUAGCCCUCAAUACUCUACCUCAGAACUCCAGGCCCUCCAGUCUACCCCUGGGGUACGGUUCAGGGAUGAUUGGGCCUUCAAGCAUAACCUCCUCAUCCUCCCCGAAAAGCAAAAGUACCAGAUAAUCCAAGACAUCCACAAUUCACUCCACAUUGGGCCUAAAGCCUUAUACCGGUUCCUCAACCCACUUUUUCACCCUCACCAUCUCCUCAGUACCAUACAGGAAGUCCAGUCCUCAUGUACUGUCUGCGCAAAAACUAAUUCCCAGGGUUCCUGUCAUCCUCGGCGCCAGCUUCAUCAGCUACGCGGGUUCCUACCUGGCCAAGACUGGCAAAUUGAUUUUACCCAUAUGCCAAAGCACAAACAGUACCGGUAUCUGCUAACCAUUGUUGACACUUUUUCAGGCUGGAUUGAAGCUUACCCCACAGCCUCUGAGUCUGCCGGGACAGUAGCCACUCAUCUCAUUCAAGACAUCAUCCCACGCUUUGGACUCCCGGCUACCAUACAGUCAGACAACGGCCCAGCCUUUAUCUCCAAAGUCAUUAAUGCCGUUUCUACUUCUCUAGGAAUUCAGUGGAAGCUACACGCCACCUACCAUCCUCAGUCCUCUGGUAAGGUGGAACGGGCCAAUGGCCUCAUAAAGGAGCAUCUGACCAAGCUCAUGCUUGAGCUCCGCCAAUCCCGGGUAACCUUGCUUCCUAUAGCCCUCACCAGGCUGAGAGCAAGCCCCCGGGGCCCAUCACAGCUUAGCCCAUUUGAGCUGCUGUACGGUCGCCCCUUCCUACUUUCAACUCCCCCACCACCAGAGACCACUCCUCUAGACAGCUACCUCCCCUACUUUACUCUCCUUCGCAGCCUUCUCCGAGAACACGCCAACGCUUCUCUUCCCCAACCCACCCAGCCAUCUGAAAAUACACAGAAAGUCUCCCCCGGGGACUCAGUCCUUAUCAGGACCCUCUCCCCAAAGCCCCUCACCCCCAAGUGGGAAGGACCAUACACAGUCCUCCUUACCACUCCAUCAGCUAUAAGAGUUGCUGAAAUCCCAUCUUGGGUCCACCUGUCUCGGGGUAAAAAAGGCCCCUCAUGGACCCUCCCAAUGCUGGAAGGCUGUUCCUACUGGCCCUUUAUCUGUCAAACUUACCAGGGCCUAGCAGCCACACCCCCUAUAGAUGGAGAUUCUUCCUAACUGAAAACUAUACCAAAACCACCUUCAUUUGUAAUACCCCCCAUACAGCCACAACCAUCUUCUUGCAACUUCCGACUGCCCCGCAGCCGGAUGCCAAAAGGCCAUAUAUCUGAACUUCACCAAAUUCCACAACAUCCAUACUAAUGUACCUCUCAUGUGCUUCAACCAUGACCAACCAUCAGGAGCAUGCAAUAAUACUCCUUGGCGCUCCUGCAUGGGAUGUACUUGGAUGAACUGUCGACUACAUAUAGCCGUCAAGUCCACAGUACCUGCCCGAUCUCAGCUUAAAAUCAUCCCAGACAUAGAUGGAGAAGGAAACACCAUUAUCGGUUCUACACGGUAUUCCAUUCUCAUACCUGACCCCUGGGACAACCGGUGGAAAAGCCCCCAGAAAGCUGCCGUGUAUGACCACAUAGAUAUCAAAUAUCCCUCUUCCCACCUGUACAUCUGGCGGACAUACGUACGUACAGUCCACCAAGUCCACUCUGAUAUUAGCCUACAAGAAAAAUCUCUGAAUGACCAAUUACAACCACAUUCGUCUCCGUUUUCUUGGUUAACUUUUCUCCAAGAAGGAAUCAAGUUAGCUAACCUCUCAGGACUAACUGACCUAACCUCAUGCCUCAUGUGUGCCUUCUUAGGACAGACUCCCUUCGUUGCAGUCCCUUACCCCAUCCCUCUCAACCUUUCAGCCUCAACUUCUUCCUUCUCCCCCAUCAGGGAAGUCGAUCUCUACACCCCACCUGAUUUUGAACAGCUACCUGUGUGCUAUUCCCUAGGCCGAAACUUCCCUAGCUGUAACAGAACUAUACGGGUAACCACUAAUAUAACAGCCCCACGAGGAACGUUUUUCUGGUGUAACAGGACCUUAACAAAAACUCUCUACAUCGGUCUUUCCUCAUCUCUUUUAUGCCUCCCAGUAACCCUAGUCCCUCGACUCACUAUAUAUUCUUCAGCCGAAUUCCAGAUGCUGCAAGCUCCCCAUCACCGCACCCGAUGAGCUGCCUUCCUACCCAUUGCCGUUGGAGUCUCCCUUGCUGGUUCAGCACUUGCAGCAGGAUUGGGAGGAGGGGCACUAGUCCACUCUCACCUGGCCAUAGCCUGACUGACCUCACAACUCCAAGCAGCUAUUGAUGACUCUACUGAGUCUUUAGCAUCACUCCAACGACAGAUCACCUCAGUUGCCCAAGUUGCCUUGCAGAACCGAAGAGCCCUAGACCUGCUCACUGCUGAACGAGGAGGGACCUGUAUCUUCCUACAAGAGGAGUGCUGUUACUACAUCAAUGAAUCCGGCCUAGUAGAAACCCGAAUCGAGAGCCUCCAGAAGCUCAAAACUAACCUGCAGAGUCAUAAGUUCUCGGCUGAAGCCACAGCGUGGUGGUCUUCCUCUAUGUAUACCCUCUUGUCCCCAUUGCUUGGGCCCCUAGUAGCCAUUUGCCUAAUCUUACUUAUUGCUCCUUGCUUUCUACAGUUCAUACAGCGGCGCUUUCAGGAACUGACUCGAGUCCCAUCCACCAGAUGCUGCUCCAACCCUGCCCUGAACGAGUGCAAGAAACAGAUCUCUCCCUGAACAUCCAGGCUCCUUAGGAAAAGAGACCUCUUCAGAACCCCCGUCGACCCUUGUCAGCAGGAAGUAGCCAGAGAGACAACCGACGCCCCUGACCCCCUCUUUUUCUUUUCUUUAAGGAGUCGGGAAUGUUUGGAAAACUCUGCCUCUACCUUGAAAGCUCUCUCUCUCUUCCCCCCCGCCCCCACAGAGAGGCUCUCCUAUUUUUACAAACUGCCCUGGCCUUCUCGCCUCCGCAGCCACCUCCCGCCGCUUUUGCCUUAUCAGCACUCCCCCCGCCGCUUAUGCCUCCUCAGCACUCCCCAGUUUCCCGCCGCCCGGCUUCCCGCCUAGCGGUUCAAACUGGCCAACAGCUGCCCACCACCUAGCCCCCAACUCUUCCUCUCCUCCAGCCCUUCUACCCUUAUAAGACAACUCUGCCCCUCUGGGCGGCGCGGCCAUUUUUCCUUUUCGUCCCGGCUGGCACGCCCGGAGGCUCUUUCCUCUCAAUAAAGCCUGAACUUAAGAACUUUC